GGACACAAGGUAAGAUGGGGGAAACAGGGUCCCAAAACACUUCUCCCCAACAACGUUCUUCACCGCCGUCUCCCCCUACUAGGGAGCAAAGCCUACCAACACCACCGAAUGACUCACGCACACUGUCAGAAGCAGGCAACGAAUCAGCGUCGCCAGAAAGAACAGCUGCUAGAUCGGUGACUAUCAAGAGUCCAGCAUGCGACAGUAAUGACACUGGUUUGGGAAUACAAAAAGAUGAAAAAGCAACGGCCAGGGACGAAGAUGCGAAGAGGAGGGUGGGAAUAUUAAGACGGGAGCUGACCAGGAUGAAGGAGAAGGAGGAGAAUCAGAGAGAGAAACUUCGGGCGGAGAGGAAGGAGAACAAAAGGAAGGCUGUGGAGAAAAUGAGGCGGGAAAGGGUAGAGAAAGGCGUCACAAUCUGUCCUGAAGCAGCUACCAGCAAGCAGAAAAUGAGCACCCUAUUCACUAACGAGGAAAGACUAUCCCUCCAACAACAGCAACGCGUACUGAAAUCCGAGACGGAAGGUAUGAAGGGAAACAUCGACCAGAAGCUGGGAAUAUCUGCCCUGCCCAAGGGAUCGGAGCUUGUGAAGUUAGCCGAAGACUUCCUGGGCCGCAACCACGUCGCCAACGAGCAUCUCCCUCCGCACAUCCUGGCCCAGCUCACCACUGCCGAGAUCGAUGAUUUCAGGACUGUGUUUGAGUUGUUUGACACGAAGAAUAAGGGAUACAUAACAGCUGACGACCUACAAAGGGUGGCGGGGAUGUUGGGCUACACAUCCAAAAAGAAAGUCUUCAAAGAAAUGAUCC